AUGGAGAUUUACACGAGGCAGGAACGCCUCAAUUCCCUGCAUGGCUCUUCUCGAUUGUGCGAGAAAGAACCCGAGACUACGGGACACCAGUCAAACGAAGACGAAAACGAUACCCCCUCAUCAAAUCUUUCCCAGGCAGAAUUCACAAGAUCCAAGAAAAUUGAGGGCCAAAAGAAGUUUUCCCGUCUCGGCUGGAAACGCCUUGUCAUUCUUCUUAUUGUGGAAGCUAUUGCUCUCGGAAGCCUGAGUCUUCCCAAAGCAUUCAUGACUCUCGGUAUGGUUGGAGGUGUUAUUUGCUCCGUUGGAAUCGGGCUCAUCGCAACAUAUGCUAGCUAUGAAGUUGGCGCGGUAAAGCUCAAGCAUCCACAGGUUGAGCACUACGGAGACAUUGGGAGGCUUAUGCUAGGGGAAACGGGGUUCUGGAUCGUCACGGUUGUCUUUAUCUUCCAGCUGCUGCUAAGUGUGGGAUCACACUGUUUGACUGGCAUCAUUGCUCUAGCUGAUAUCACACGAAGUGACAUUUGCAAUGUGGUAUUCGGAAUAGCCUCAGCGUUGAUCAUGCUUAUACUGGCCAUUCCACCAACAUUUGCCGAUAUCGCUUUACUUGGAUACAUCGACGUGGUCUCAAUAUUUACCGCUAUUGGGAUCACAGUAAUUGCAACAGGUGUACAAAGUUCUCAACAGCAAAUUACCUCACCACAGUCACAGUGGUCAGCUUGGCCUCCAGAAGACACCGAUUUUGCGAGCGCCAUGGUAGCAAUCAACAAUAUCGUCUUUGCAUAUUCAUUCGCUCCAGCAAUACCAUCCUUUGUUAGUGAAAUGCACACCCCAGCAGACUUUCCCAAAGCGAUAUAUGCACUAGGUGUCAUUGAGAUUGUCAUUUAUACACUCAUUGGCGCUCUUGUUUAUUCAUUUGUGGGAAUGAAUGUGCAAUCUCCUGCCUUACUCUCAGCCGGACCCCUUCUAUCGAGAAUCGCUUUUGGCGUUGCCCUUCCAGUUAUCUUUAUAUCUGGAUCAAUCAACACCAACAUCGUUGCUCGCUAUAUCCAUUCGUAUCUAUAUCGUGACUCCGUUCUCCGUUACGUUAAUACAAAGAAGGGAUGGGUCAUCUGGUGUUUUCUGGUGACAGUCCUAACACUCGUUUCGUGGGUGGUUGCAGAGGCUAUCCCAGUGUUCUCACUCUUGUUGUCAAUUAGUGCAUCUUUGUUCAAUUCGGGGCUGUGCUUCUAUAUCCCUUCGAUCAUGUGGCUCGUUCUUGUCAGAGAAGGCAGCUGCUUCUCACGAGAAAACAUUUGCAGGACCAUUUGCAACGGCAUUGUGUUUGUUUUUGGGAUCAUUGUUCUUGGAGCAGGGCUGUAUGGAACUGUUGUGGAUCUGGUAAGUCAACCUUGA